UCCGUUGACUGGCGGGAUUUGGAGCAGCAGCGGGAGGAAUUUCAGAGUCUGAGGAGAAACACGGAAAAAAGAGAAUAUUACAGGGAUUAUAUCAAUUUAACAUCAUUACAGGAGCCUGUAGAGCCCCGUCACCAUGUUCUCUAACGACUUGUUUGUCCUCAUUUCAGGGGUAAUCAUUAACUGUUAUUGUACAAUAUGAUUGAAGACUUCUUUCAUCAAAUUGAAACAGAGCUUGGGCCUCUUAGUUCUGAUUGGUUUAAAGAGCUGACAGCAAAAGCGUCUAAAGAUGAAAGUUUCCCUGGGGCUGUGGAGCAUGAGGCCUUGUCACGUACAGAAGAUGGCACAUUUAGAGCACCGCAGGAAACGCCAGCCUUGGAGAGUCAGAUGUCUUCAACACCCAGAUUAUUUAGAGUCAGAGGUCCACUGUCUCCUGAUUCAGUUCUUGGACGUUCCCCCAAUCCAGGAAUGCAAACCCCAUUGUCAACUUUGCCGUGGACGGACUCAAGCCCAUGCCUGUUUGGGUCAGCAAAAGAAAGCCAGAGGUUUGAAGAAGACAGUGAACCACUAAAGAAACAUAACUACUUUGGUCUGCUCGACACUCCAAAAAGUUCGCUGGUUCAAGAUUCAUCUGCAAAACGCAUCUCUGAGAGCCUUGGAGCUCAGCUACAUCCCGAUCUGUCGUGGAGCAGCAACUUCAACACACCAGGAGCAAUGAGCCCUACAGUAAUAUUGACGAAAAAAGAUGCUCAGCCUUCACCAGUAAGUUUUCUCAAAGACAAAGAAGUCAUUAUUGUACGGAAGCUCUUUCCAUCCCUCUCAAAAGGCACAGAAUCAACAUCUGAAAUUACGUCCACUGCGCAUUACAAUGCAUCACUUACAGAAGAAAACGCCCAAACAAAAGGACCUGAUGAAUCGUUUGACAACGUGGAAGGUCUUUGGAGGCAGACGGUACCCGAUGCUAUAAACGACAGUGAUGUCCGCGACACGGUGGAGAGCGUUCUUGAUGGUGCUGAGGAUGUUCUGUCCAUCUUCUUCAGCAACAGCAGCUCAGCUCUGAGACGGGUUAAAUCUAAAGAACGAACAAAGAAGAGGGUAAAUGGUGUUUCUGAGGAUGUUAAACCAGCUGCUCUGGCAACACAACACUCUACAGAUCAGACAGAUCAGACUUUAGCCUCAAAUGUGGAUCUUGAUAUAAACUCCUUAAACUCAUCCAGUACAUGCACUGCUACUGAAGCUAAAAGCCCUCCUAAAAACAAAGACUUCUCUCAGUGGUCUCCACUAAGUUUAUCCCAAGUUUCAGACGCAAAAGCAAAGCAAGACUGCACUUCGGAUUUAGCAAACAAGCACCUUAAUUUUGAGUCUGUUAACAGUGAUUCAGGAGAGGAUGCUCUUAAAGACAGUAUCACACAACUUGGCCAGUUUAAUACUUGCGAAGUUGAGAAGCAGAAGAGCUCUCCUGAUUCAUAUCCAGAGAAAUCUCAGCUGAGAAGUUCCCUGUUGGCUGCAUCUCCUGCACUGACCUUUUCCAGAAAACCCAGGAAGUUUGUGUAUCAAGUGCAAAGCCCAUUUCCACCAACCAAGGAAAGGAAGCGGAAUAAUGCACAAGAGUCCUCACUUACAACCACUGAUGAUCUGACUGGAAAACACUACAGAGAGCCAUUUCUUACUGCUGAGAACAAAAAACACAUUAAAGAUGACCCACAAACAUCAGAUACUGUUGGAGACUGUUUGGUGCAUCCUAAAGAACCUCCAGUUAAACAGGGUAAUCCAGGUGCCCUCAACGUAGACCAUGGCCUCGAUAUGACGCAGCUUUGCAACGCCUUCGCAGAAGAUUUUACUCAGGAAAUCAGUUUGGAAAAAUCAGCUGUGAAUACAGAAUGCGACAACGACGUUCACACUAUGUCAACUUGCAUGAGUGAUGCAAUAAAAAUAGAUGAAGUACAAACUAAAGCAGAAUCAGUGCUGCACAGUGAUGAUGGUGCAGAACACCUGGAAUUUCCUGCCAAUCACAAGGAAGCAUCAGCUCUUGCAGAGGAAUCAAUCAACCUGACAAGCAGGUCAAGGAUGGAGAAUACACUUUCUGAAAGUUUGAAACAUGAAAAUGGCUAUCCAGCCGUCUUUAAUGAUGUUAGUGGAUUAUCUUCAUCUUGUAAUGAUGGUGCUGACAAGUACCUUUAUUCUGGUUUUAAAACUGCAAAUAAUAAGCUUAUACAUGUGCCCCCUGAAGCUGUAAUGAAGGCCAAGGCUACGUUUGAAGAUUUUGUAGAUUUGGAGGAAAGUAUGAACACUGCAGUCAGAUCAGAUGGAUUGAACACUGGAUCAGGAACAGCAUUAAACAGCUCAGUUGUUUCAACGUGGUCUUCAGAAAGAUAUAGCCAUGCACUAAAUAAACCUGAAAGAGAACCAACAGGUAAUUUACUUCAUGGAAGUUUAGAUGUAGCCUCAGGGUGUACCUCUACUUCUUAUCUACCAAAAACUAAUGAUUCUGGUUUCAAAACAGCCUCAAACAGAAGUAUCACCAUCUCCUCUGUUAAUCUGGAGAAAGCAAAAGACAUUUUUAAGGAACUAGAGGUAGAAAACUUAUAUAAAACUGAUAUAUGUCCAUCAUCAAACUCUGCCGAGUUGGAAAUCCAAGUUAUGAAAAAUGCCAAAGUUCCUAAACUUGACAUCAAACGAAAUGUUGAUGGGAACUACGUUUUGACGGCAUCACAAAAAGCUGAUGUAACAGAACUGUGCAGUAUGCUGGAGGAUGCAGACAGCCAGUAUGAAUUUACUCAGUUCAGACAAGCAAAGCCUUGUUCAAAAUCAAUGGAAAGCAGUCGUUCUGAGAGAGAGUGGGAUCCUGAGAUACUGUCUGGUAUCGACUUUGAUGAUAGUUUCAACUGCGAUACAGAAAGACAACUGCCCAGAAAGUGGCCAGUCAGACCAGAUCUGCCCACUCAGAAUGGUCCUGUAUCAAACAGCAUGAAAAAUGGGGAAGUAUUUACUCAAAGUAAGGAAACGCCAAAAGCAGAACUUUCCUUGAAUGAUUACCGUUUGACUUUGAGGUCAGAUGGUAGAGAGAUGGCAAAGACUCCAGCAGUACAAACUAACACAAGUGAAGGAAACGAGCCAGUCUGUGUUGGCUUCAAAACAGCUAGAGGAAAUUCUGUUCGUAUCUCUGAGAAAAAUCUGACCAAGGCGAGGAGUCUCUUCGCAGAUCUGGAGGAUUGUGUAGGAAAAAUUGGUCUGAAGAGUGACCACAACAGUGUGACCGCACAAGUUACUACUAAACAAACUAAACACAAUCAAAACUCACCUGAAGCUUGCGGUGAUGGUUUGCUUUGCCAGAAGGAAAAAACUAAAACUGAAACUGGAAUUGAACCCAGGUCAGAGGAAAAUGUGCGUAAUGGAAAUACUAGCUUGGUCACAGAUAAUAAAGAUGAUGUAUGCAAACAGAUAUGCAGCACAGAAAAUCCAGAAGAUCAGGACAAUCCUCAAGGUACUAAACAAAACGAAAAGCCAGAUUUACUGGUUGACACAAGACAUUGUGGAUUCAGUACGGCUGGAGGAAAGGAGUUGAAAGUUUCAGAAAGCUCUCUACUGAAGGCAAAGAAGCUUUUGAAUAAAGUUUCUGACCAGUGUGAAGCCGUACCCUCAAUCAAAGCCCCUCCAAAUAGAGUGACUACUCUAAAAGUUGCCAAUAUUAAUCUGCAGCCUUCUGUAUGUUCUAAUUCUAAAGUGUCUGAAAAUGUAUUUCCUCAUAAUUUAAAGAUGUCUUGUAAAUCUUUAACUGGAAAUAGUAAGGACCAAAUGUUCAGGAACUCUGAAUCUCAUCACAGAUUGUCUGAAAUAGAACAUCAGACAACAGCUAAGUAUCAGAGUACAAAAUCCAUACAAAGCAGUGGGUUUAAAAUGGCCAGUUGCAAAGGAGUAUCCUUUUCCUCAAGUGCUAUCGAGAAGUCGAGGGCCAUAUUUAGAGACCUUGAUAGCUUGAUUGCUGAGGAUGGCUCAAACGAGACCAAAUCAAUGGACGAGAAUGCAAAAUUGCAUGAUGAAGCAGAAAGAAGCCAGUGCAAAUUUGCCAAUGGAUUCAAGAUGGCGAGUGGUAAAGGGGUGAGCUUUUCUGAAGGAGCUUUUCUGAAAUCAAAGGCUUUCUUCAAAGACUGUGAUGCUGAUUACCCAGAUCACUCUCAAGGCAAAGGGGACCAGUCAAGUGUGAUGGAUAACUGUGGCUUCAAGGCACUUGUGGGGAACACAGUACAUUUGCCUGAAAUAGACAGCCCGAACAAAGAGAUUGUAGGUUUAAAGGACGAAGCCACAGUUUUGAAUAAAUAUGUCGAGAAGGAAUUCGUUCCAACCUCAGCUCCUGAGAUCCUUCAGUUCACAUCUGGCUGUGGUUUUAGUACAGCCAGUGGUAAAAUGGUAUCUGUUUCAGCUGAAGCACUUCAGAAAGCUAAAGCUGUGCUUGACGAUUCUAGUGCUGCUUCACCUUGUGAAAUAAAAGCGGACGUUUCAGAAGAGAAGAAUAAGAAGGGUGUUCCUAAAACGGAUACUUAUAUUCCAGGAAGAAGCUUAGGCUUUAGUACUGCAAGUGGAAGGAAAGUGGCCAUAUCUGACCGUGCCCUGGAAAAAGCCAAGAAUCUUUUUGCUAGUUGUGAAGUGGAAGAUUUAGCAAAUAAUGGAAUAACUUUGAAUUCUGCACAAACCAAACCACUCGGCUCUGAGCAAACCAGAUGUUUGGGGUUCAGCACUGCCAGUGGUAAAGGAGUGGCUGUGUCAGAAAAGACUCUGAAGGAGGCUAAAGCUGUGUUUGCAGGUUGUGAGGACAUUUUGGAAACAGCUGAUGUGCACAAGCCUCUAAAAACUGGACGAGUAGUUGAAGAAAAAGAUAAAGGCUCUCUUAACCAGUCUUUGACUAAUAGGGAGUUUCAGACGUGUGAAUCUGCUAAUUUUAGGCUUUCUAGUGGAAAAUGUGAGGAGAUAAAUAAUGCUAACAAAAGUAAUGUUAAGGUUGAACAGUUUGGUUUCAGCACAGCCAGUGGAAAAGGUGUGUCAGUGUCAAAAUCAGCCCUUAAGGUGGCAUUUGAGAUGUUCAGGGAUUGUGAUGUACAACCAAUUACAGAGGAACAGCAUCCAGUCGCCCAGAUUGACUGUCCGUCAUCAAGUGAUGAAACUAGAAGACAUACCACAGACACUACUACCUUAUCGCUUUCCACACAAGCCAUACGAGACGAUUCCUCCUUACUGAACAGUCAUGCAUUGAGUCUUAACGGAUGUACCAUGACCCAGCAGAAGUAUCUGGAACAGGAAGCUAUGGCUUGUACUAAAGCCUUGUUGGAGGAUGAUUUUAAUGAGCACAGUCGAUCAGAACCUGUUGAGGAAACUGUCAUCAGGAAAUGUCCUACUCUCGCAGAGCAGAGGUCCUAUGAGGUGAUCAUAGGAGAAAGAAAACGAACGUCUGAUGCUGAUUUGACAGGCCAACCUCCUUUGAAAAGAAGACUUAUCUCAGAGUUUGACCAGAUUUCCGAUGGUACAAGAGUUUGUGUUCCUGUGAAAAGCAGUCCCAAUGGAACUCUAACAGACAGAAGAGUCUUCAAAGGAAACGUUCACUUGAAGCCCAAUAUUACUCAUCCAUCCAGGAACAUCAUGGAUCAAAAUGCUUCAAAAGCUUUAGACGGCGAAAAAAGAAGACCAUCAAACCCCAAGGCUGUGAUCUUUAUACCUCCAUUUCAGAAGAAUAUUAAACCAACAAGAAAAGUGCCAACAAAUUAUGUUUCCAGAGAUAAUGCCAAAGUGCCCACUAUGUUCAUCCCACCAGUUAAGAAGAACCCAAUGUCAAAUGUUCUUCAGGGGAACUCAAUACAAAGUUGUACUGAUUCUGACUGUGAAAAACUGGAAAAGGAGGAUACUCUAGAGGUGAAGCCAAACACAGCUGGGAAUCAUGAUUCUGAGCCUGAGAAGAAGGAGAAAGAAGUCGAGGAAGAUGUAAGAAUAGAGGAUCGGGCCUCUGUAACUUGUGAAGAAAAAGAUAAUGAGUCCUGGUCGCAGUCUUUGGAGUUAGCGCGGGAUAUGCAGGAUAUGAGAAUUCGAAAGAAGAAGCGCCAAACCAUUCGACCUCUACCUGGCAGCAUUUACCUGGCUAAGACUUCUGGGGUGACCAGGAUCUCACUGAGAGAGGCUGUAAAUAAUAAGUGCCCACUUCUGCACUCUCAGGAAAAGCUUUAUCAGUACGGUGUACACUGCCAAGUCUCCCAGAUCACAGCUGAAAACGCAGAGUUAUUCAGGUUCAACUUUGAUGACUUCUUCAAACGUGAGAUGUUCAUAGACAACACUGGUGUCCAACUCGCUGAUGGUGGCUGGCUGAUCCCAGAUAACAGAGGAACCGUAGGCAAGGAGGAGUUUUACAAAGCGAUGUGUGACACUCCUGGUGUCGACCCCAAACUGAUGAGUGAAGCCUGGGUGUUUAACCACUAUCGGUGGGUAGUAUGGAAACGGGCCUGCAUGGAAAGGACAUUUCCAGAAGUGAUGGGUGGACGGUGUCUCACUCCUGAACAAGUCCUUCUGCAGCUUAAACUCAGAUAUGACACUGAAGUGGACAACAGUCGAAGAUCAGCUCUGAAGAAGAUCAUGGAAAGGGACGACACCCCGGCGAAGACUUUAGUGCUGGCUGUGUGUGGUUUUGCCAAAUCCAGCUCCAGUCCAGUGAAUUCAGAGAAAGCUGUAGGAACCCCUGAUUCUAAGACGUCAGAGUCGACUGCCGCUAUCAUAUGGCUCACUGAUGGCUGGUAUUCCAUUAAAGCCCUGCUGGAUCCACCGCUCUCUUCAAUGCUGCAAAAGGGCCGUCUCAGCAUUGGAGGGAAAGUUAUGAUCCAUGGGGCGGAACUGAUUGGCUCUCAAGAUGCUUGCCUUCCUUUAGAGGCUCCUGAUUCACUCAUGCUGAAGAUUUCAGCUAACAGCACGAGACGAGCCCGCUGGGACUCCAAACUGGGCUUCUAUAAAGACCCUCGACCCUUCUCCCUUCCUCUAUCCUCACUGUACUCUAAUGGAGGAGUCGUGGGCUGUGUGGACGUCAUUGUAUUGAGGAGCUACCCAACUCAGUGGAUGGAGAAAAGGACUGGUGGAGUGUUUGUGUUUCGCAAUGAGCGAGCUGAAGACCGAGAGGCCAGACGCCACAGCAGCGCCAAGCAAAAGACCAUGGAGCUCCUGUUCACAAGGAUUCAAGCCCAGUUUGAGAAAGAGGAGGAAGAAAAGAAGAAAACCAGAAGAAGAAAAAGAUUUCGUCGCUGUGAUAUUCACAGCAUGCAGGAUGGGGAAGAACUUUACGAAGCGAUGGAGAACGAUCCAGCUUAUGUGGAGGCUCACCUGAGUGCACAGCAGAUGGAGGCUGUGAGCAGUUACAGGCGUGUAAUGGCUGAUCGCAGGCAGGUGCAGUUGCAGGAGCGCAUGCAGAAGUCUGUGCAGGAAGCGCAGGAAUCUGAGGGCCUCUGUCCAAACAGAGACGUUACACCUGUCUGGAAACUCACCAUCGCUGAUUUCAGUGACCUGCACAGCAACUGCACAUAUACACUGAAUAUCUGGCGCCCUUCACUGGAACUGCGCUCCUUACUGAAGGAGGGCUGCAGAUAUAAGGCCUAUUACCUGUCCACAUCUGAGACCAAGAAACGCUCAGGCACAGCCAACGUUCAGUUCACUGCCACCAAGAAAACACAGUUUCAGGAUAUUGAGGUUUGUCCGGAGUGGUUAAUGGCGAAUUUUCCUGCAAGACAGUUUACUAUCUUCAGAGAUCUUCAGAACUCUGCAUUCAGUUCUCCAUGUGGAGAGGUUGAUGUUGUCGGAUAUGUCAUCUCUAUCUUAGACAGACAAGGUGCCUCUCCAGUUUUGUAUUUGGUGGAUGACAAGUUUGACUUUGUCUCCGUGAGAAGCUUCAGCAGUCUGGUCCAGCUAGCUCUGGAGGACCUGGUAAAACCAUUAACUCUCUUGGCUAUAAGCAACUUGCAGCUGCGGGAGCUCUCUGGUCCUGUUCCAAGGCUUUAUGCUGGAGAACAAGCUUUAUUCUCUGUAAACCCCAAAGAAGCCCACUUGCAGGAAGCUAUGGCUCAUCUGAAGACCUUUGUCCAGAGUUAUGAAAAUUUCUUCAGUGUCGCUGAGGAAAAGCUCUCAAACUUGCUUCCGUCUGGUUCUGUGAAGCCCGCACAGUCCCCAAGAACUCUAGGACUGUCAUCUGUGCCCAAGCUGAACAGCAGAAUCAAUGUAACGCCCCAGCCGCCAAAAGUUCACUCUCCCUUCACGCCAGUGUCCAGGAGAGCUCCUACACCCACCGAUCAAACCACCGAGCCUAAAGACCCCAAGAGUCUGAAAAGAAAGAGAGGUAUAGACUUCCUGUCACGUGUCCCUUCUCCACCACCUCUCAAUCCUCUCAACAUCCUCACUUCUCCCAACGUCAAGAAGACGUUCAACCCACCCAGAAGGUCCGAGACGAACCGGCCAGCCCGCAGAGAUCCAGCUCCAUCCCGUCGUUCUGCUUCACUUGCUCCAUCUGUGGAGGAGCAGUGGGUGAAUGAUGAGGAACUGGCCAUGAUUAACACUCAAACCCUGCUAGACUGAUCAGACUGGAGCGUCUGCCCACCUGAUGCACUUUAGAGCAUCCUGAGCUCUCAGAGCUGUAAAGAGGACGGCCGUCUGAGAAGAGAGGAUAUAAAGCGAUUGUGUUGCUGUCUUCUAGUCUGCUGAUGAAAUGUUCUGUUAAAUUGGUCCAGAUCUUUCUUCUAAAUGCACUGUGCUGCUACAGAGAUGACCUAUGACCUAAAUUGCACUUCAGAGACUUUGCCAUCUUACUACUGUAAUUGUAAUUGUACUGUUUUUCAAAAAAGAUGAUGAAUAAAUGUUCUAUUUAUUUAAUUUAAGGUCACAGUAACUGCAAAAACACACCCUCGUCACAGGUGUAUUUUACUGGUUUUCAAAUGGUGCGCACUUCAUGCUAUGAUUGCAAGGUUCGCUCUGUUGUUAAGAAACUAAAGCUGAAAGCUGAAUUAUAGGAAUGUGCCAAA